AUUCCCCUUUCCAAUGGCUCACCACCGGAGGCGAUUGACCUCCAGCGCAUCGUCAACGGUUACCUCCAACUCAUCAGUAGCGAGUACCGACAGCCGUUAUAUCGCCCGCAACGAUGAGGUUAAGCUGGGGCGCCACCAUGAUGGCAAGAGAUGCAUCCUCACGAGAGAAAUAGACGGCGAGCGAGGAAGUGUAGAGUGGGCACAUAUUAUACCUCAUGCCCACGCAGCAAGAGGCUCACAGUUGAAGAGGUUGCUAACCCUGAAACUGUGUCGUCCCGACAUGACGAUAACUUCGUAUGAGAACAUCGUUCCCCUUGACAAAUCUCUCCACGAACAAUUCGAUAAUCGUCACUGGACGUUCUUCCCGACUCUAGACGUCCUUCAUGAAUGGAUCUAUGCUGAGGAGGAAUGGAUUGCUUAUCGAAAGUGUAGAAUCGCAAGCGACGGCCUCGACAUCGGUCGCCCAAAUCAUCGCGUGUUUCGGGCUGUGAAUCCUUUCGACGUUCAUUGGUCGGAUUCAGCCAAGGAAUACGUCCCUCGCCUGGACAACGAUGGCGUCACCAUCAUAAGCAAUGGCGCGUUCCCUGUCCUCUUCCUCCUCGCUGGAAUCCCAAAUGUUGUAUACGCAAGUCUCUCCCGCCUAACAAACCUUUAUCCACGCACGAGAAAGACCGGUGAUGCCAUGGACCUGGCGAUAUACCUGACAGAUCUAUGGCAAUGGACACCAAGCGAUGCAGACCCUCGCCGCCCUGCUAUAGUACCGCUAUGGCAUUUUGAUAUGUCUUCAACAACGGAGCCUACCUUCCCUCCUAUUAUUCCUAAUCACAGUAUCACGAUCGACCAUUCAUCUACACCUAGCUCCUUCUCCCCUUUGAACAACUCCUCCACAUUCUCCCCGACUCCUGGCACUGGUCCUACGCUUCACCUUCAAAUCAACCAUCUGGUAGCCUCCUCCCACGUGGGCGAUGACACGGACACAAGUACCGACACUGAUCCCGGCUCGGACUCCAAGCACAGCCAUCAUUUAGACUCUUUGGACGAAGGAUCCGCAGUGUUGGGAGACGGCGGUCUACAACACUCUCCUACGAUGACCGGCAGUAUUUCGUCGUGGGUGGAUACAGUCGCAGACGCAGGCGCGGCUACACCGGCGGACGAAGAGAUAGACUGGACCGCCGAUGGUGAUGAGCUGGGUUGGACCGGUUGCCGUAUCUAGUAGUCAACUUUUGUGGGAAGGUGCCAGCGCCUACUCUGGGUCCUACGGUGGACCCCCGCUGAGCCGUAUCAAUUGUCUAGGUUAAGGGUGGAAUGUUGAGCAGAGUGGAGGAUGUCGCACCUGGGUUGCGCGCGAUCAUUCCCGUUCCUUCUCCCAUGUUCUCUUGCUUUUACUUACCUUUUCCGCGAUUCGAGCACGUCGAUGAAGUGUCUCAUUCCUUUUGAAUUUUCG